GUUCGUUCAUUCAUUCAUUCAUUUGGCGUCGGUACACAUGUACACACAGCCCACCGCCAUCGAUACAUAUCCACGUUUGUAUGAAAUGAGACGUAGUAUGUGGUCAACCUCACGGCCUCCCUCUCUAGACACGUCAUGAUCACAUUACACCACACCGCACCGAUGGAUGCAGGCAGCCAUGGCCAUGUAUGAAUGAAUGAACGAACCAACCCAGCCUCGAUCGAUUCAUCGCUCCGACUCGACUGUAGCAGCCACAAAUAUGGAGCAGUCACGUCAGGUCUGGUACGGGACGCGUACAUGCAAUGAUUGCAAUGUAUGUGUGUUUUCUUCGUGGAAAGGAAAACCACCCCGGCAGCUAGGGAGGGAAACAAACGAUCGCUGAGCAUGAGCAUGUAAAGAAGCUAGCGUUAUAUAGAAUCCCAGCAGAACCAGUGUCAAAACAGAACCCCUUCCCUCCCCUCUCUCUGAACAGCGAAUGUAUCCCUCAGACAGACAGACAGACAGGCAGACAGGCAGACAGGGAGGCAGGCAGUCAGGCGGCGUGGCAACAGUCGUUGGUCAGCCCCUUAGGUGUAUGAAUGAGCUUGCAAACAACAGCAUCAGGACAACCCCUCUCGCUCCCUCUCGCCACCCCUCUCUUGAAUAUAUCUCUCUCUCAGUCAGACAGUCUCUCUCUCCCUCUUAUGUCCCUCGUGUGUGUUGAGACGUUGAUAAAUAAACUAGUGUGCUGAUGCAGACAGGUGCAAACAGCUGUCGGUGAAUGAAAACUCGUUUUACCUUCUGUACUGAGCAGCAGGGAGGGAGGGACUUCGGUAGUUGCUGACAUCCACUCGGCUGGUCGAGCCACCCAGUCAGGCGAGCCAGGCGUCUGAACGCCCUUCCUCACACACAGACACACACACAUACCUACCUAGGCAGGCUGGCAGGUAGAUACGGACCCAGUCAUGUCACUCAUCCGUCUGCUCGACCCAUGCACCCCAUGUACUCGUCCACUCAUCCAUACAGACGGACACACACUCACUCAUGCAGACAUUAAGGCAUACAGGCAUAUGGGAGGCAAUACAGGCAGGUAUCAAGGCAGCCAGGCAGACAGCGCGGGGAAAACAUCGAUCACGCGGCGCGGGCCGGUGUGGAAAACCUGCAAGGCCCCCCGAGGCAAAACCAACCGUACCAGCCAGCCAUACACACACACACACACAGAGAGAGAGAGAGAGAGAGAGACAAACAGACCGAAAGCAACCAACACCCAGACAGACACACAGACAGAGAGACAGAAAGGCCAGCAGUGUCUCACCUCUUUUCACAUUACCACCUCGUGUGUGUAUGUGCGUAUGUGUGUAUGUGUCUAUGUGUCUAUGUGUGUAUGUAUGUAUGUACAUAAAAGUGACACGUACGUACCUUACGCACAAAUACACCUUACACACACCGUGAUACAUACAUACAUACAGACAAUGCGUACACACACACACACGCAGUACAUUCAUUCAUCCAGACAGGCAUACGAGGGGAGUUCUGUUGUCGUCGCAGUCAGUCGAUAAAGGAGACACCAAAGGCUGGCCGACUCAGUGGCUGGCAGGCAGGCAGGCAGGCAAACAGGCUGGGAGAGGCUCCUUUCGGCAACUCCCCCAUACACACACACAUCCACUCUUGACACGGGAACGCAAAGCGACCAAGAGAGCUCUGUGUCAAACCACACACACGCACACCACACAAACCAUACACCACACACACCAUACCACAGACGAGAACAGUACACACACCACACUCACUGGACGGGCAGACAAGCGAGAAAAGGCUCUCUGGUCGAGAAAAAUGAGUUGCCCACGGCGCGGUCGACCGUCAGCCAGCUACAGCAGGCAGGCACGGCGCGUGGGGGCACUGCAGCGUGUGCGCGUGGAUGGAUGGGUGCAAUGAUGAGUGGAUGAGAGGCACACCAGCCGGCCCGCAUAUUCAUUUGCCUGUGUACCUGGCUGACCGUCUUGCCGCGCUUCUCAGAAACGAGUUGCGAUACGGCCAGACGGAGAACAGACGGACAGACCUAGCAGACAGACAGACCUCAGAAAGGCAGACAUGCAGACAGAGUUAGUAGAAUAGGUAGGUAGGUCGAUAGGGACACGUAAACGCGCCCACCGAGAGAGAAAGCAGGCGUACAUACGUACAUACAGAGAGUAUGGCCGUUGUGUACUGCGUGUCGUUGUGCAUGCAUUAUGUAUUUAUGUAUGUAUGCAUGUAUGUAUGUAUGCAUGUGUAUGCAUGUAUAUACAUACACGCAAUCAAUCUUGUCUUGUGGUGUUGUGUGGUGUUAUGUCAUGGUGUGUGUAGUGUGGCAUGGCAUGGCAUGGUGUGUGCACGCGAACGACACGCACGAGAGUAUCAUCCACCCAUCCACCCAUUACUCCACAAACCACGUUCUUCAUACAUGUAAAGUAUACAUACGUAUGCAGGCGGCUCAACGCACUGGGAACCGAGAGAGAAGAGGGCCGUCAUUGACACACACACGGGCAGACAGACAGACAGACAGACAGACAGACAGGCGGACGGACGGACGGACGGACAUACAGACUGCCCUCUCCCCUCCCCACCCCUCCCCCCAACCUCAUCCACCGCUCACCACCACCCGCCCCGCCCCACCCACCAGGGCGAUAGGCGUGUGUGUGUGUGUGUGUGGCCGGUCCACGAGGUCGGGGCGAGGCGGAGCCGACUCGCUGCACUGAUGCAAGAAACAGACGAGAAACGAGACAACUAAGAGCCACAAAGUAGAAAGCAGAGGUAGCAAGUAGUGCAACUCUCUCUCUCUCACUCAUCCAUGGACUCUCACAGGUACACGUACACGUACGGCCGCCUCUCCCCUCUCUCUCUCUGUGUGUCCGUGUGGUGCUCUUUAGUAGGAGCCCUUCUUGUGUGUGGGUGCGGGUGCCUGGUAGGUCUGCUUGGUGUAGGUCGUGUGCGCCUGCCUAUGGGCGGCUAUGGUCGACACCGUCGUGCACUCCUUACCCACCAACUCAGCCCCCUUCGAACAGUAGUACUCUGGCGCGUAAGAAGUCUCGCUGACGCAGACCUCGGUCGCCGCAGGGGCAGCCUUGUGGUGCUUGCUGUAGCCCCUCACUCUCUUCUUGCUCCUGCGGCGGCGGCGGCGCCCCAACUCGCGCUUCUUGCCGUGCGACGUGUAGCCGCCCUUGCUGUGCCCGGUGCCGAGGUCAUACCCAUCGGGGCACACCUUGGUUGGGCUCUCCGUCUUGUAUGUCACGCACGCGCCGUUCCUCAUGCUGUAGCCCUUGGGACACUUGGUCUGGUAGGGCAACACAGAUGUCUUGCUGCAGUUCUCUGCAUGACGAAAGAGGGACGGGGGAAAGGUGUGAGGCGUGUGUGUGUGGAUGGGGUGGGUGAGGGCGGAGGGGUAUCGGCUGACCGCCGGCGUCGUCGUAUCCGUCAGGGCACUUCUCCGCGACUGGGUAGGUCUCCUCCUUGGUGCUGCAUGCGCCAAGUGUUACAGAGGGGGAGUAGGGAGUAAGAGUUGUCAUCCUUUCCUCUCUGGGUGGCUGACUGACCAGAUUCCGCCCCUUUCUACUGCUUCCUCAGGGCACUUGGGGGUGGCAUCGGUGACUUCAGUCUUCUUGCAGUCGGGCAGCUGGUAAGCGGCAUCAGAGCACCUCACCAGAUACCUGACACACACACACACACACACACAUAUACACAGAGAGAGAGAGAGGGGGAAGGACCGUCCUGUAUGCGUCUUGUGCUUUUGCUUUUGCUUACGGUCGCUUGGAAAUCCUGACGCAUUUGCCCUCGGUGUCCUCGUAGCCAGUGGGGCAUUUGGUGCUCAUAGGGAUCUCCUCGACAGUUGUGCAAUAGCCGCCGCCGUUGAGCUCGCCCUGGUCGCACACUGGUGUGGGCUUGCUGCUGGUGGUCUUGGUGCAGGUGUCCUUGCCCUGGGAGUAGCCCUUGGGACACUUGGCAAUCUUGGACACCGUCGUGACUUUGGUGCAGGUCUGGCCGUCGCCCUCGUACCCCUUUGGGCACCGGUAUUGCAUCGGGGUCGUCUGACACGCAACACACAUGGGUGCAGUGAUUGAUGUAUGUGUCGGCCGACACGAUGUGGUCUCUCUUUGGCUGACUGGACUGACCUCCUUCUGUGAGCAGGUGGGUUUGCCACUGGUGCCGUCGGGGCAUGUGUACUGGUAGGGGGCCGUCGUGGUCUUGGUGCACGAGUCCUUGCUCUCGCCCGUGUGGUACCCAGGCGGGCAGCUGUCAUGACACACAUCCAUCCAUCCAUCCAUCUAUCCAGCACUCUCCUCGUGUCGUGCACGUGUGCAUUCUGGCGCUCACUGGCUCAUGGCUGGCUUGUACGAGCAGGCCGACGUCUUCUUGUCGGAUGCCUGGCCGCAGAGCUCGCACAUUGCGGCUCCGUUGGGGUCGGUGUGAGAGGAGGACGAGUAUCCCUUGGGGCAGGAGGUGACCUUGGCGGCGGCCUCACUCUUGGAGCACCCAGUGCCCGUGUCGGUGUAGUCGUCGGGGCAGAACUUGGCCGCGGUGAUCGUCGUAUACGAGGUGCACUCGCCGCCCUUGCCCUGAUUGAUGCACACACACACACCGAGUGUGGGGGUGGGUGGGGGGGCAAGGGGGUAGUGACCUUGCUUCCACUGGUGCAGUAGCCGAUCCCGGAGACAGAAGACGUGCGUGUGCACGCCUCGCCCGCGUCGUCGUAGCCCUGUGCACACACACACACGACGGAUGGUGUGGUAUGUCAUUUCAUUUGUUUCAUUUGUUUCAUGUGUUAUGUCAUUUGUUUCAUCCGUUUAUUUUUGCGCGUACGGUCGGGCAGUAGUACUCCAUCGGCACCGCGGUCGUCUCGUAGCAGUACCCCUUCUUGCCCGAGGGCGAGGAGCUGUCGGGGCAAACGUACUUCGGGCGCGUCACGGUCUUCUUCUCGCACUUGUCGCCCACCUUGGUGUAGCCCUGACACCAACCAUCACACGCCACACGCACAACACACGCAUGAUGGCCAGCACUCACAAACCAGACACCCACCCAGGCUCGCUUACGGGCUGGCAAUACAUGAUGUAGUCCCUGGUUUCGGCCUUUUGGCAUUCGGUGCCGGUGUCGGUGUGGUCGUCGGGACAGUAGUUCUCCUUGGGCACGGAGGUCUCCUUGUAGCACUUGGUGCCCUGCACCGUGUAGUCGUCGGGACAUUCAUAGGUGGCGUCGAACGUGCUCCUCUCCUUGCACUCGCCGCCCUCGAGCGUGCCCUUUGUGCAGUAGGUGAUCUUGUUCACUGUGGUCGUCUUGGAACACUGGGUGCCUGGAUGGGAUGACACACGCACAGGGGGACACAUGGCAUGGGUGACUGCGGUCAUCCCUCCCUCAUUGGUGGCCACUGUGGUGUGCUAAAGUACCUACCAUCGUCUUCGUAUCCCUUGGUGCAGUAUGUUUCUGGGGCUGCGGCGGUCUCCUGUCUGCAGGUGCCCUUGUGCAUGUCAUACCCGCCGGGGCAGACGAGCUCGUAUGGCUUGGUGUCCGUGGUGGUGCACGUCAUGCCGUUCUUGCCGCCGCCUGAUGUUGUCGUGCCCUUCGGACACUGGGGCUGAUUGAGACAGAAAAGAGAUAGAGACACACACGAGUCGUGGGUGGGGGGUGGAUGGCUCUCUGUGUGUGGCGUGGCGUGCAAGGUCACCUUCGCAGGGUAGCUGGUGGUCUUGCUGCAGGUGGCGCCCUUGCCUUCCUCUGAUGGGCCCUCAUACCCCUUGGGGCACGUGUAGCUGCAUCACACAACAGACACAACACACAAAGGCGCACAAAGCACGGAGAUUCAUCGAUGGAUCCCGACACCACCAGGCAGAUCUAUCACCCCACCGAACCUGUAGGUGGUCACGGGCACUUGCUUAGAAUGCACAGGGGGAGUGUAGCCCUUCUUCCCAUGGCCGCUGUGGUGGUGCUGGGCGUGAGCCACAGCCAACAACAGGCAGCAAACAGCAGAUGCGACGACACGCAUUAUGCCUUUGGCAGGGAGAAAGGGAGAGGCGCUGUGGCAAAAAGAUCUGAGGGCAGGCGAGGGAGGCCGAUAGAGCACAGAGGGGGAGGCGGUGGAUACACCGACAACCACCAGCGUUUCCGGACGGAUCUUUGAGUUUGUG